CCGCCGCUAGGAUGUUACUGCGGCUCUGCUCCGUCCUGUCACUGUUAAUGAGACCGGCGUUCUGCCCCAGGGUGUCCUUACUGGCGCUCCCCCCGGAGCCAGAACGGGCCAUGGUCUCGCAAGCGUUGAAGAGGUUGCACAAAAUAUUUAAUAUUGGAGACAAGCCGCAGAACUACCUGCCGCACAAAAAGCCGCCUCAGUUUAUGGUGGAUUUAUUCAACGCAGUGGCGGAUCACAAUGGCGUGACAAGGAACCCGAGGAUUUUGGAGGGAAACGUGGUUCGAAGUUUCGAAGACAGAGUUUACUUCGAUCGGAAAUUUCAUUUCUUCAACUUGUCGUCGUUCAGCAAGAGCGAGAGAAUGAUUAAAGCGGAAUUCCGCAUGUUCAGGUGCAAGCGGAAUUUUUUUACUGGAAAGUCAUAUAGUGCACAUUUUUAUAAAGUCGACGUUUAUGAAGUCCCAGAAAACAGGAUGUCACCUUGGCAGGGAGACCUGAUAAGUUCACGGUUUUUGCCUCUAUACAACCAAGGAUGGGAAGUGUUCAACGUUACAAAAACUGUUUCAAAGUGGAUUCACAACAAUGACACAAAUAAAGGAUUUUUAGUGGUUAUAACUUUACCAUCCGGAAAACUUAUCGAAUCCCAAGUGCGCAGUGGCAGCGAGGGCAAAAAAUCUUAUUUGGUCAUUUUCUCGGAUGACGGCAGAAGAGGGUCAAACGUGAAUCAGGCGCCCCCUCACGGGCCUGGAAAGUCACCAGCAGCGGAGGAAUUCAGCGACGAGAAGCCUCCAGAGAACAAGAGGCGGAAGACGCGGGCAGCGCCAUACUACACCAAAUGGCAGUCGAUGACGUGUCAAAGGCAGCCUUUGUACGUGGACUUCGAGAAAAUCGGCUGGUCGGGUUGGAUCAUUUCUCCUCGGGGUUACGACGCAUACCACUGCAAGGGGUCGUGCCCGUUUCCGCUAGGCGAGAGUCUCAGAGCCACGAACCACGCCACUGUGCAGUCCAUCGUGAACGCGCUGAAGCUGUCCCCGGACGUGCACGCACCGUGCUGCGUGCCCGACAAACUCCAUUCGAUCAGCCUGCUGUAUUUCGACGACGAGGAGAAUGUGGUUCUCAAGCAGUACGACGACAUGGUGGUGGUCAGCUGUGGCUGCCACUAACCAGGAGGGCGAGUCUUGCAAUGUGAAUCGCUAUCUAAAGAGCUAUUUUAAACAACCUUUGAGUAGAACCACAUCCUAUAUGAAUAGUCACACACUGUAUAUGUAAAUUGCCCUAUUUUUGUGGA